AUGACUAGUGGUGUCAAAAUCAAUCAUCAAUCAAUCAAUCAGUCGAUUGACGAUUGUGUACGAAAAUUAUUUACAAAAUAAAAAAAAUCGCUCUAUUCUAAAGCAAAAGCUAAUCUUUUUAACAAUAAUGAAAGUGUAGUCCUCUCUGAUCUGAAAUGUGUUAAUGUGUUGCAUUUAUCAACAAUGAAUCCUUAUAAGGAUGUCGAAGAAAGUUCCUUCUCAACUUCUCCUCACCUAACUUACGAGGACAUUGCGACGAAGCUCCUAAAAGAUCACUUCUUCUUAUCGGCUUUGGAGCUGCAUACUGAGCUAGUUGAAAGUGGCAAGGAGCUGCCACAGUUACGAGAGUUCUUUUCAAAUCCUGGGAAUUUUGAGCAACAUGUUUCUCGUGCUUCCGAGUUUGGAUCAAUGCACCGGACACCAAGUCAGGCUACCUUGGACUCCUUGGACACUGCACGCUACUCUGAAGACGGAGGGGGCGAUCGAGGUGGUAGUGGAGGUGACUUGGCAGUGCUGGAGUUUGAAUUAAGGAAGGCUCGUGAAACCAUCAACUCACUAAGGGCUAAUCUGACGCAGUUUGCUGACGGAGAGUCCACUUUAGAUAAAACAGCUAAAGAUAAAUUUAAUCAAAGAUCAUUGAAGCCACAUGAAAAAAGAGCCUUGAACUUCCUUAUCAAUGAGUAUCUUUUACUUCAAGAUUACAAACUCACAUCCAUCACAUUUUCUGAUGAAAAUCCUGAUCAGGAAUUUGAAGAUUGGGACGAUGUUGGCUUAAACAUGCCCAGACCAGCCGGCCUGGUGUCUCUGUUCUGGGGCAACACCGCUUUGAACAUGCCCAAAGUGGAUGCCAGUACUCAAGUGGACAUUCAAGUAAUGGAUAUUGACAGCCAAACUGACAUUGAAGAAGGGAAUGUGUGUGUGAGCUGCCAGACUUCAUUGGAUGUUGAUACUGAUUGGAAUCAUGAGCUAUUAAUCCAAGCAGAAGAGAUAGAGCUACUGAAGCAGAAAAUCAUAGCAUUGGAAACUGAAAAGCUGAACUUUCAGAAGUUGUAUGAUGCUGCCAUUGUCAGCUUAAACUCCCUUACAAGCCCUACAUCAGAGAACAAGGGGUUAGACUUGCAAAUUUCCGAUGAAAAGCUGUUGUCAGUACAAAAAGCAGAUGGGAGGUUGGAGCAGCCGUUAGAUAAUAGACCGUUGCCUUGCACAGCUUCUGAGAACCAUUAUGGUAGUGGUCAUUCAACGCACAGUGUCACUCCGGAACAGUUUGAGAUGAUUGAUAGCGAGAAAAAUAGUGUUGUAAGAAAAGAGGGUUCGAACACCAGCUCCUUCGACCCGGUGCAAAUGGACAGCGUGCGUGACUCGCCGCUGCGGCGCGGCAGCGUGACUACCCUCGACGAGACCCUCAGCAUCAAUGAUGCGGGCGAGUGGACCCGCGUGCAGUACGAGUAUGGCGAGAACACUUGCAAGGAGAUGUGGAUAGAUAGUGGUCUACCAAACAACUUGAAGGUGUCGAUUCUGAACUGGUGCUGUGAGACGCUCAGCUUGAACGAACCACUAGCCAACGAUUUGCUCGCGGAACUUGUGACAAGCGACAAACCAAUCACGCUGCCUGGUCUUCUCACUUUAGUAGCUGAUACAUUGCCUCGCAUAAUGCCCCACACUCUAGUAGCGCGGCGAUGUGAGGCGGCGGCGCUAUUAGCCGCGGGCGCGGCGCUAUUACCGCCAGGAGAUCAAAGGCGCGCGCGCGUUCUACAUACUCUGCUCACGCUCGUGAAAAAACCUGAACCAACGGACACCAGGGCAAUAUGCGAGGCCACGUGUCUGAUCGUGAAGUGGGGCGGCAGCGGCGAAGUGCUAUCCUCCAUAGCGGAGCUACUCGCAUCAAGAUCCACUGAAAGGCGGGUGCUAGCCAGCCAAAUAUGCGUGGCCAUAGCGCCCUACGUACCCAUAGAGUUAUGCACGUCUCUUUUACUUAGCCUAGUAAUGCUCAUGUGCGAAUCAAACGAACCAGACAUAAGGGGACUGGGCUUGAAAUCCGCCUGCCUCAUCUGUCCUGUGGCGGAACAUAAGUACGGACAACUAGAGAAUCUCAUGUUCAAUUUCCUGAAAGAUCCCUUGGAGAGGAAUGUUAAGGACACAGUCAAUAUCUUCGUUCCAGUUCUGGCGAGGAGCGCUUUGAUUUUAGGAAAAUUCUCCGGGGAACUUUGUAGUCGUAUAAUAACGAAUUUAGUCAAAUCGAGUUCCGACAAUGAGUGGAAAAAUGUUAUUUUAUAUUUGGAUGUUAUGCGCGCGUUAGUGUUAGCCAAGUUGGCCUAUGUGGUGAAUGUACAAAUAGUUAGGGAAUAUACUGUGAACAACUGUGAUAUGCAACCGAUUAAUUUACAAGAAGUGCCGCUAGAGGGCGACCAGGAAUUCUUCAUAGAUCUGCAGUGCUACGUCACGGAGAGUGACCCGAAGGCUUUGUUGGUAGCCAUGAAUAGUUUAAUUAAGGAAAAACCUGAAGUGAGAUGGAACGAAUUGGAAUGGUGCAUAGGACUAGUAAAACAAAUUAUAGAAGUGGGUAUAAGUAGUAAGGCAUUAAAUCAUCCAACGAUUUACGAAUCACUAUUAUCUUUAUUUCUCAGUUAUGUAGACCAUUUCGGCGUGAACUUUACUGCUUACGUACUAAAGCCUAUUUUCACCAAUAUCGUGGCAGAUUUGGAAAACAAAUUGGAAAAACUGCACAGUGUCAAUAUAGAUAGCACGAUUGUUGUAGGCGUGUACUUAAUUGCAAUUUUGCCGGCACUUGAGGAUAAAAGUGGAGAAUUUCUGCAGAAGUGGAUAAUGUACAGUAGCAUAAGAGGACUUCCCAUCAAAAUAUUCGCAAUACCCAUGAAGUGGGUGUCGAAACAUCGACCGGAUACACUCGACUUUUAUUUACAACAUCUCAGAGAAUUUUCUGCCAGUAGCUGCGAAAGCUCCAGCGGUAGUACCGUCAGAGUAUACAUAGCAAACCUCCUGUCCGAGCUUCUAAACCUAGCAGAGGUGCGCGAGACUUGCAUCGAGCGACAACUUCUUCCUGCUGUCAUGGCGUUAUUACAUGACGACGAUGUCUCAGUCCGCGAAGCAGCGAUGACGCUAUGGGGCAGCGUGACGCGGGCGUGCAUGACUCGCGGACUAGCGUGCGAGGCGCAGUGCUGGCCCCCCGCCGAGGACCUCAUAGCUGGCCCCAAGACCCUUAGCAGCAAGGAGAUAGUCAGGGCUGCUGAGUCGUUGGCCCUGCUCGUCCUGCCGACGCCGGAUAACCAUGCUGUGUCGGAGAAAGCUGUAUCUUUGCUGUGCGCGCUAUGCCUGCGGCGGCCGCUGCCGGCAGAGGGCGCGGCGGCGCUGACGCCCGGCCUGCAGCUGGCCGCGCACCACUGCCGGCACCACCCCGCGCUACUGCCCGCGCUCAGAAAGCUAGAAGAAAGCGUUCAGACACCGCCCUUGAGCCAGUACAAGCCAGCAAUAGAAGCCUUACUGCACAAUGUAGCGGGGCCUUCCCCCGCUGAUACCCCCCGCGAGCCCCCUCCGCGCCCCGCAUCCAACCUACAAGCUGCCCAGGAGGUCGGCCGUAGGGUCACGCAAAUGUUCCAGCAAUCCAAGAGCAAUAUGAACCUGCAGAAUAUAUUUAAAAAGAAAACAUAGAUGAAUAUUGCAAGCAAAGGCAUUGAUGUUGUACAUCCCAAGAAAGUAAGGUGAACAUAAUUUAAAAAAAAAAACAAGCAAAGGCAUUGAAAGUAUACAGCCUCAACAUAUGAAACAGGUGCGUGUAAAGCUUAAUUUAAAAAUAGAUUAAUAUUUUUUGAACAAAGAAAUGCAUUGAGGGAACUGAGUCGAAAGACGAGAUGAUAUAAUCGCUAUGUCGGCGCUCUCCCGUCGUACCCUUUUGUGUUUAGCUAGUGAAAGCAGCAUGUGCUUACGUCACAAUGCUGCGAAUCAAUGGUAAAUAGACAAGAAAGUGAAAAAUAUGUCUUAAUAUAUUUUUAGCCUAUGUUUUUAUGCUAUAAAAAGCAGUGAAUCUUAUGAAACUAAGCGUCAGUAAUUGAGAUGUUGCGAUACAGAAAAAAGUUAAGAAAUAGCUAAAUAAUCAUCCACAAACAACGCAUAUUUUAGUUUUUAUUAAACUCUCGAAUAGAUCUGUAGAAACAAUGUUCUAUUAAUGAAUGAAAUAUGUAUGUAAAUAUUUUUCAAUUAAUUGAAGUUAAAAUACCUAUUUAUUUAUUUCUGUUAUUGAGUUGAGAUCGUCCAAGGUUUAUGUUUAAAUAAAUUGACAUGAUUUUAAAUUAUAAAUAAUUAAGUUGAUUUAGUGAACAUUCCUAACGUUUAAAACGUGUAUAAUUUGUACUUAUUUAAUAUUAGUUUUAGAUCAGUACAAAGUUAGUGCAAUAACCAUAGACAUGUCCAUUUU